GCCUUAGUCCGCUCCGUUGUGAGAUCCAGGGAUGCCCCGUCAGACCGAGGACCUUCCCCACAGUCCUGCCUCCUCAACUGGGCACCACUUUGCUGCCAGUCUCUAAUCCCCUGGAGCCUCUGGAGCUUCUGAAUCCUCAAACCCAAGGCAGAGGUUCCCAUGAGGCCCCCCAGGAGAACUCAGCGUGACACCUCUGUAUGGGGCCUCCAGCAUAUGAAGUAGUUGACAUGGAGAAUGAAGACGGAACCUGUCUGCUUGAUGUUUUGUGUGAUCCCCAAGCCUUAAAUAACUUCCUUCAUGGAACAAACGAGCUGCAGAAUGAUGACCUGCUCAUUACCUGUUCCUCCGGAGAGCCCUCCUCCCUCUUCACUGACACCCCGAGCCCAAUGUCUCUGUUGGCAGAUGACAUUACCCCCCCUGCAGAAUGCGUUGACCUGUCCUUCCUGGAAGAGGCUCUACUGGGGGGGUCCCCCGAGGGAGGUGGGGAGAGAAGAGGGGAGGGAGAGGAAGUGCAGGAGGAAGAGGAAGUACCGCCCUGUGACAUUCUCCAGCAGAGUCUUCAGGAGGCUGACAUCACAGAGCACACUAUGGCUCAGGAGGCGGGGCUCAUCCAAACAGGGCCUGGGGAGGGCCACACCCUGUCUCUCUACACACCUGGCCCCCCACUCCUCCUCCCUCCUGCUGCCGUGCCGUUCCUCUCCAAAACCCUAGCCUUCCCUCACCCCCACCCUGGCCCCCCCACCCUGCAACACAGGGACACCCAGGCUGCGGUGGAGCCUCCCCAACCAUCCCUGCUGGCCGUGGGACCAGGCUGCCCCUCCCUGAAGCCUGCUGCUCCCCAGCUGAUGGGCCUCCUCCCUGGGAACAUCUUCCCUGCACCCCCGCCAGAGACUUCCUUCUCCCUGACCCCUGCACAGGCCUCCAACACCUCCUUUUCCCUCAUCCAGAAGGCAGUUCCUAGCCUGACAGGGCGCCCCCUACUGGCCCCAACCCUCAGAGCGGCUGCAGCCCCCGGGAUCUUUCUCCAGAGAGGACCCCUGCCCAUCCAGCCCAAGCUGCCUAUCAGCAUCCAACCCCGACUUGUACAGAUCAGCCCUAAGCCUCCUGGCCCUGGUGGGCCUGGUCAGAAACCCUCUCCAGGUCUCACCUUCCUCCCUGGGACGCCCUCGUCAAACAUCCUCCUGUCCCCCCCUCCUCCCCAUCCCAAGCCUGCCCAACACCUCACCAAGCCCCAUCCCAAGCCUGCCCAACACCUCACCAAGCCCCAUCCCCAGCCUGCCCAACACCUCACUGCCUCCCACCUCACCAAGCCCCAGCCCGUCAGCCUGCAACUGGUCAACCAGGGAGGAGGCUCCUUCCUGAUCCAGCCUCAAGGUCUCUUCCAUGGCCAGAAUCAGUUCCUUCUGCCUGGCCAAUCCCCUCUCCCUGGCCAAUCACCUGUCACCCUGUCCCAGCUCCCUGGCGGUUCCGCGCGGCCCCUGUUCACCUCUGGCCACCAGGGAGCAACAGUCCAGUCUGUCCAGGGUAUGACACCCUCCAUGGGCCACCACCUGGUAGAUGGCUCCCAGAUCCUGACGGCCGUGCCCCACCACAGACAGCUCAACUUCAGCCCCCACACAGUCUUCAGCACCACCUCAACAGGCCAGCUCUCCCUCCGCCAGGGAACCCUGCUCUCUGGCUCCCUGCAGCUACAGUCAGGGUCGCCGACUGUCUUCCAGAUGCCAGCCCAGUUGGCGGGUGCCUACAAUCCCCAGGGAUCCCAGGGGCAGGGGGGUCCAGGCCAGCAUGCCACCCUGCUCCACAGCCCUGCUCUAGGGAGCCACAUCACCCUGAUGCACUCUGGGAUGCAGCUCACCUCAACCCACCCAGACAGUCACAUGACCUCGAUUUCCAUCCUCAACACCACCCCUCCUGCUGUAGUACAGGGCCUGCCCUUCACCCCCCAGACCUCCAGACCCCUAGGGGGCGUUACAGAUGGACAGAUCAGUGUUCAGCAGGCGUCUGUAGUGUUGCUGCCUGACAGAGCUGGCCAUGAGGAGAGGAGGGAGCAAGCGGCGUCCCCACACCUGCCUCAGUCGACAAGGCACCUUUUCCAGCAGCAUUCCUCUCUCCAACCCUCCACCGCCAGUCUCCAGUCCACUUCUCCCCCUGUAAUGGCCCUCCUACAGACCCCGCUGGAGGCCCCACAGGCCCUGGACCCACCUGUUGGGACGUUACCCAAACACCUGCUGGACCCAGUUGGGACGUUACCCAAACACUUGCGGGACCAGACGGAGACAGGGACAAAACCAAGGGUGGAGAAGGUUCACAGCCCCACCCAGGCCUUCAUCCAUCAUCUGCAACAGCAAGCACUUACCCCUCCCAAUCCCUCCCCAUCACCUGAGGUCCUGGCUGGGACUGUGUCAGUGGAGGAUCACACUGUCUCCGCUGUGGCCAGUGAGAUGGAGGAGGCCCCUCCACCCAUCCAGCCAGCAGUUCUAGGACAUGCAGGAGCCCAGUCUGCGAUGCCCCUCAGCCCUUGUGUGUUGGUGGCCUAUCCAGCUUCACUACACCCAGAGACAAAGGAGACUACUCUGCUAUGCCACUCUCCUACCCUGCUAUGCCACUCUCCUACUGGGCAGGGCUUAGUGAGCACACCCUUUACUAGGCAGGGCUUAGGGUCCACACCACAACAAGACAGUUUAUCUUCCCCACCUUGUGGGGCCACCUCCCUGGGACUGGCUGGGUCUGGAUCUGGGUCUGGAAGUGCCGUCCCUCAAACCCAGGCUGCAGUGUUCAGAAGCCCCUCCCCUCUGCCUGUCAGCACCUCCCCCCAGCUCCAGACUGCAGUGUUCAGAAGCCCCUCCCCUCUGCCUGUCAGCACCUCCCCCAGCUCCAGACUGCAGUGUUCAGAAGCCCUCCCCUCUGCCUGUCAGCACCUCCCCCAGCUCCAGACUGCAGUGUUCAGAAGCCCCUCCCUCUGCCUGUCAGCACCUCCCCCAGCUCCAGACUGCAGUGUUCAGAAGCCCCUCCCCUCUGCCUGUCAGCACCUCCCCCCAGCUCCAGACUGCAGUGUUCAGAAGCCCCUCCCCUCUGCCUGUCAGCACCUCCCCCCAGCUCCAGACUGCAGUGUUCAGAAGCCCCUCCCCUCUGCCUCGCAGCCUGACCACCUCCUAGCGCAGCCUGACCACCUCCUAGCGCAGCCUGACCCCCUCCUAGCGCAGCCUGACCCCCUCCUAGUGCAGCCUGACCCCCUCCUAGUGACUCCCAGCUCCUAUGGAGAUCAGGCUAACCAGCAACACACAAAGCAAAGCAAACCACCAGCUGCCUUGGCCAUGGAUGUAGAGGGUAAAGCCUUUACUCUUGAUGUCCAUCCACCUUCUCCCAGACCCCAGUGGCCACCAGGCCCCCACACAGUCCAGGGGCCCAACACAGUUCGGUGGCUCCACACUGUCCAGGAGCCCCAGUACGACCAGGGGCCCCAAUCCCAUAGAGAGCAGGACCAGUGGCUCAGAGCAGUUCAGACAGCCCAACAGUCAAAGACAAAGGUGGCCGGUCCUGUGGCGAAGGAGAGAGAGCAGAGACUGACUGAAACGAUGUGCAGGUGAGAAGCAGGACACCAGCAGCUGUGUCAGGACCAGAGACCGGUCCAGAGCCCUUACAUCUGUUCUCCCUUCUCCUCAUUGGGGGAGGCGGUGACACACCUGCUACCAUACCACACCUGUGCCGGACACCUGCCUAGUCAGGACGACUUCAACUUAGUGGACAAGCAGUUUGACACUGUGUCAGGGUUCCUACUGAAACGCACCAAGGACAUGCUCAACAAAUACAGACAGCUACUGCUCGGGGAGGCACUGCAGGUGAUGCCGUCGGCAGAGAUGGUGAUGCUGGAUCGUCUGUUCCUCCAAUCAGAGAGGUUUUCCCUGGGUGAGGACCGACACAGGGCCCGUAGAGACCCAGAGUCCUUCCUGAUGACCCUGCAUGCAUCUGAGUCCUCCAGCUCCGCGUUAUCCCGUGUGGGGCUGGAUCGGUCUGGCAGCCUCCCCUCCCCCCCAGCUUGGACCAGACUCUCCGAACGACCCCCGGGACUCAGGACCUACCACUCCACCAGCCGCGGAGGCCUUAGGCUCACCAUCAAACACAAGGCUGGAUCCAGGAUGGUGGUUCACAACUCAGCCUGUGACACCGUGCACGAUACUGCCCCCUCUGGUCACAAGCGGUACUACACCGGCCAACUGAUCAAUGGGAGUGUUGAUCUGACUGAGCAGGGCUCCUCCCAUAGGACCUCCUGCCAUCCAAUCGAUGAGGAGAUGUCGAACGGAGCCCUGCCCUCCAAAGUAGUAGAGGACAUCCCACAUGGUCACCAUAGUGACAGCAGGGAAUCUGUUGCACAGAUUCAGACAGCAGCACUGGGUUCACAAAAUAUAAGUUCCCCAAACUCCCUUACUAUGCCGAGCUUAGACCCACAACAGACUGCCUGUCUAGAGCCUCCCCCUUCAGACCCUGGAGAGAUGAGUACCCCCAAACUGAAACGCUUCAGGCCCACGCUUCCGGACCUCCCAUUCCAGGCGGACAGGCACAGCGACAGGCCCCUGCCUUUUCCACAGACCAGCUACAGGCCCCCGCCUUUUCCACAGACCAGCUACAGGCCCCCGCCUUUUCCACAGACCAGCUAUAGACCCCAGCCUCUUCCCCAGACCAGCUAUAGGCCCCAGCCUCUUUCCCAGACCAGCUAUAGGACCCAGUCUCUUUCCCAGACCAGCGACAGGCCUCAGUCUCUUUCCCAGACCAGCUAUAGGCCCCAGCCUUUCCCCCAGACCAGAGACAGACACCAGCCUCUUUCCCAAACUAGCUACAGGCCCCAGUCUCUUUCCCAGACCAGCAACAGACCCCAGUCUCUAUCCCAGACCAGCGACAGGCCUCAGUCUCUUUCCCAGACCAGCGACAUGCCCCAGCCUCUUCCCCAGGCCAGCUACAGACUCCAGCCUCUUCUCCAGACCAGCGACAGACCCCAGUCUCUUCCCCAGACCAGCGACAGGCCCCAGCCUCUUCCCCAGACCAGCGACAGACCCCAGUCUCUUUCCCAGACCAGCGACAGGCCCCAGCCUCUUCCCCAGGCCAGCUACAGACCCCAGCCUCUUCCCCAGACCAGCGACAGGCCCCAGCCUCUUCCCCAGGCCAGCGACAGGCCCCAGCCUCUUCCCCAGGCCAGCGACAGGCCCCAGCCUCUUCCCCAGACCAGCUACACGCCCGAGGCUAGUCCUAGCCCCCAACCCCCCCUGCCAGAGGACAACACCCUCAGUGAACACCUGCAGAGUGCCAUCGACAGCAUCCUGGAGCUGCAGCGCCUGCAGGGUCCUACGGCUGCAGCCCAGCCCCGGAUCCAGGGGGCGUGCCCGGUUGCAGGCCCCGCCUCCCUACUGGACCAGGCCAUCACUAGUAUCCUACAAGGAAACCUCUAGAGACUCCUGAGAUGAGGGACACCUGGAAGGAAGGGAGGGAUGAACGAGGGAUAAAGACUAGGCACAAAAAAAACAGGAAAUGCAGAGAAAUUUACACCAAGCAUUAUCUUCUAGAUACUUCAUUUGAUGUACAUGUGAGAUUAAAUCAAAUUCAGUAGGAGAUAUACCGUGUCAGUGGUAGUUUGAGGAUCACGACGCCAGGUGUAUCAUAUUUAUAAAUAACAGUGAGAAACAGAGACAGGAGAACAGCAUGGCUGAGAUUAUUCAUUUAAUACUUUGUUUUUUAAAAAAUAUGUUCUUCAAAUGUGAAUUAUUAUUUUUGCUUUAUAUUACUAAGACGAUUCCUAUAGUGGAUUAUUUCAAUAAUCUGUGCCAACUGUGUAAAAAUGUGAUUAUUGGGUUGAUUAAGAGCAGGAAGGUUGUCUUUAUGUGAAUCUCUGUGCCUGGGUGUCGGGGGUAGAUGGUGAGUUUGAGUGAGUCAGUGUUUUUAGGAACAUUGUGAAUGACCUGAUGAUUCUUUCUUCAACAUAACGGUUUAACCCCAAAGAAACGUAUUGUUAAUCUACGAACAAGACAGGGGGCGAAACAGGGAAGCACCUACCUGACUUUUGCCCAAUAGAAUCUCUUGUUGCAAAAAAAAAAAAAAAAAAAAAAACAUUUUUUGCUGCGGUGUGCACUAAUGAAUACACCCCUGAAUACACCAGCAAAUGGCAUCAUAUCCCAUACAUUCACAAGAGUCAAGAGUCACAGCGAAAAGAGAAAAGAUUUUGACGCAAGGUGUGAAAGAUACAGUCCUGCUUUUCGAGGAGAAAAAAAAUGGAUGUUCACACUGGAUUCUAACUGUGAUUUGAAUGUCUUUUAUUUAUUUUUUUUAUUUUUUUUGGGGG